UCUCUCUUCUUCUGUACAGGUUUGAUCAGAACAUGGAUAACGGCAGCUCGGGAUUGCUCGGAGAUGUUAACACAUCUCAGGCUGAACUUACAUCCUGCGCUACAGUGAGGAGCCCGGCCUGUCGCAUUUUCCUAUAUGCCUUCCUCUCUGUUGCUAUCGUCUGCACAGUGGUGGGAAACUUCCUGGUGGUCUUGUCCAUCGCCUACUUCAAGCAGUUGCAGUCACCCACAAACUCUUUCGUCAUGUCCCUGGCAGUGGCUGACUGCCUGGUUGGCCUGUUAGUCAUGCCUUAUAGUAUGAUUCGAACUGUGGAGGGAUGUUGGUAUUUCGGUUUCCUUUUUUGUCGGCUUCACUCAAGCCUCGAUGUCAUGCUCUGCACUGCCUCCAUAUUCCAUCUCAGCUGCAUUGCCUUUGACCGCUACUAUGCUGUCUGCAACCCACUACUUUACUCUUUAAAGAUGCCCCACAGUCGGGUUGCUCUCCUUAUUGUUGUAUGUUGGGCUGUUCCCAUGCUCAUUUCCUUUGGCCCCAUAAUGCUCGAUCUUCAUAUUGCUGGUGUGGACGUCAUUCUCCCUAAAGAUGUAUGCGUGUUCUUGGUCAAUCGCAUUUAUGCUGUGAUGGCUUCUUUAGUAGCCUUUUACUUGCCGAUGGCUAUCAUGCUAGUUGCCUACUGGAAAAUCUUCAAGGCUGCCAAAAGACAGGCCAGGCAGAUUAGCGCCAUGGAAAGCCAGAUGGCUGCUGGCGUGGGUAAAGACUCGAGCAAGAAACAAAGACAUCGAAACGCCAUGAAGAGGGAAAGAAAGGCAGCAAAAACUUUGGGUAUCAUCAUGGGAGUUUUCCUGAUCUUCUGGAUGCCUUUCUUUACAGUCAACAUUGUGGACCCGUUCAUUGAAUACAGCACAGAGGUGUUUGUCUGGGACAUAUUUUUGUGGUUGGGAUAUAUCAAUUCAUCUCUAAAUCCCUUCCUGUAUGGUUUCUUUAACCGUUCCUUUCGUAGGGCAUUUCUCAUGUUCAUGGGCUGCAGGGUGUGCCUGCCUGGAUCCUCCCCUGGGAUGGAGCUAUCGCAUACUCGCAAAGACGCAAAUGAACGUGCAGACCAACCAUAA